CGAAGACCGAGAGGACUCGUACAUUGCACGCUGCGUUGCAGGAGUCACUCAUCUUCCUCCAUCAUACCAUGGCUCCUUCACGGGCUCCCAGUGCCCUUCUUCUGCAUUCCCUGCGAUCGCUAGCCGUGGAAAAAUCAUCAUGCGGUGCGGCCGUUCGCGCCCUUUCGACCACGAGUCCCGUGCUUCAGGAAGCCGAAGUCCAACGACCCUCGUUCUACCAGAAUCCCGACCCUGCCACCGUCUUCGUGCCACGACUGGAGCGCAAGCUUAUGAAAGCCGGCAACCCACCUAUCGGGUCCCGAAGACGACGCGCAGCUUUGGCACAAUCGCCCGGCAUUCCAUUUGAUCAACUUCCAUACCAAUGUUUCCAGGAAGCCCGCAAAAUCCUGAUCGAGGACAGAGCAGAAAAAUUGAAAAAGAUUGAGACGGAAAGAGCUCGCAUUGCUCGACUCGAAGAAGCCGAUCCAGCGACGUUCCGGGGUGGCGAAGUCUACAAACAAAAGAGAUUGAAGAGCAUGCGUGCAGAACUAGAAGAGCUCAAGAUCUUGGCCGAUAUAAAUGACCCUAACGUGAAAAGAAGAUUCGAAGAUGGCAAAGGAGACAUGAAUAAACCCAUCUACAGAUACCUAGCCGAGCGAAAAUGGCGAGAAUACCCCCGGAAGAUUCUGGUCCAACGCAUUACCCAGAUGAAUGUUGUACCAGAUGUGAUCCCAACAUGUGAUCCGAUCUUGGACAUCAAGAUUGCAUUUGGCAGAAAGUCUGUUCCACCCGGCGAAUUCGUGCGAUCAGACAUCAGCGAGAACGCCUGCCAGUUGACUCUGCAAACCUUUGAACGAGGUGAGAAGUUGGUCAGCAUUGCUGUGGUCGACCCAGACGUCCCCAACUUGGAGACCGACAGCUUCGACUCGAGAUGCCACUUCUUGGCUACCAAUGUUCCCAUCUCUGUGACCGAACCUUUGGUCGACCUCGCCAAACUGUCCGCCGAUAAUCAAGUCCUCCUACCUUGGCUGCCGCCUCACGCUCAGAAAGGUAGCCCAUACCACCGAUUAUCUAUCGUCAUCUGGCAACAAAAGGACAACAUCCCCAUCGACCUGGAAGUUGCCAAGAGCAAGGUCCAAAGGGAGGGUUUCUCUGCUCGCAGCUUUAUGAGUCGACACCUGUUGACACCCAUCAGCGCAUCCUUGUUCCGGACACAAUGGGAUGAAAACAUGGCUGGCGUCAUGCAAAGAGCCGGGCUCGAGGGUGCUGAUGUCGAGCUCAAGAGGAAGAAGGUUGAGCCUUUGCCGUAUAAGAGGCGUAAUCCUCCUAGCUUCAGGUAGAGUUGGUUCGUGGUGGAGCUUCUGGAGGCGCCUUAUUACCCGAAGCAAGCAAGCAAGCGAUCCUCCAUCACCUGUAUCCAUAGCCGUGGCUGUAUCUGUAACCGUACUCUGUACCUUUACCUGUACACUGUACUCUGUACAAAUCUCAUUUAUUUCACUUUCCC